ACGUAUUCUAAUCAGAGAGCACAGCAGCACCCUGUUCCUUUUCCAUCCGGCCACUCCACCCUCCCGCCGCCGCCGCCGCCGCCGCCCACCUUCCUCUACACCAGGGUUCCCUGCUCAGAGGCCGACCCUCCGUCCGCCCGUCCGCCCCGACGCCCAGGUACCCGUCCGCCCCGAGCUCCGGCGCCAUGUUCAAGAAAUUUUCUUCGGAAGACAUAUCCGGGCAGAAUCAGGUCAAGGCGUCUGUACAGCGGAGGAUCCGGCAGAGCAUCGCGGAGGAGUACCCUCUCCUUGAGCCUUUGCUAGAGGACAUGCUUCCGAAGAAGUCACCGAUGAUUGUGGUUAAAUGCCAAAACCAUCUGAAUCUUGUGGUGGUCAAUAAUGUCCCUCUCUUCUUCAACAUCCGUGAUGGCCCGUACAUGCCGACCCUGCGGCUUCUUCAUCAGUAUCCCGAGAUCAUGAAGAAAUUCCAAGUGGACAGAGGUGCUAUCAAGUUUGUUCUCUCUGGUGCCAACAUUAUGUGCCCUGGACUGACAUCGCCUGGUGGUGCGUUGGACAAUGAAGUCGAUGAGGAAACACCAGUGGCUAUAAUGGCUGAAGGCAAACAGCACGCGUUGGCGAUUGGAUUUACAAAGAUGUCAGCGAAAGACAUAAGCACCAUCAACAAAGGAAUUGGAGUUGACAACAUGCACUAUUUAAAUGAUGGCCUGUGGAAGAUGGAGCGUCUUGAAUAAGUAGAAUCGUCGAGCGACGCAGGAUCUGUGGCAUGAUCAUAUGGAACUGUAACCAGGGCAUCACAUUUUCUUGUAAACAGAUAGAACAUCCGCUUUAGUUGGCACUAAGCUGCUGCUAAAAUCCUUGUAUGAUACCAAUACUAUGUCACUGAUCGUUUGGUUGUACCAGUAACAGUUCAGAAGAAAAUGCUGAUUCUGCUCUUUUUUGUAAACUUUACAUUGGUGGUUUAUUUACUGUGGGUCUAUCUA